ACUAAACAAACGAAACAGCUGUUGGCGACAGAUGGCGCCAGUCAGCGUAAACAGUACGUAAACAUUUUGUGUGUGCUUCGAAAGAAUUUGUGCAUUCUUAUUAAAAUGGGCGAACGAAAGGGUCAAAACAAAUACUAUCCGCCCGACUAUGAUCCGAAGAAGGGCGGACUCAACAAAUUCCAGGGCACUCAUGCGCUGCGUGAGCGCGCUCGCAAAAUCCACCUGGGCAUCAUCAUCAUCCGCUUCGAGAUGCCCUAUAAUAUCUGGUGCGAUGGCUGCAAGAAUCACAUCGGCAUGGGCGUGCGCUACAAUGCGGAAAAGACCAAGGUGGGCAUGUACUACACAACGCCCAUUUACAAGUUUCGCAUGAAAUGCCAUUUAUGCGACAACCACUUUGAGAUCCAAACAGAUCCCGGUAAUCUGGACUAUGUAAUACUAUCGGGCGCGCGACGGCAGGAGAACCGCUGGGACCCGCUCCAGAACGAGCAGGUGGUGCCCGAGACCAAGGAGGUGCAGAAGCGACUCUUCGAUGAUGCCAUGUACAAGCUGGAGCAUCAGGCCAAGGACGUCAAAGCGGCUGCCGAUGCCAAGCCUGUGCUCCAAAAGCUGGUGGAGCGUAAUCAGAGCGUAUGGGAUGACAAUUAUGUGGCCAACUAUCGAAUGCGUGCAGUAUUCCGCGAGCAGAAGAAAGAGCUAAAGGGGCAACAGGAGGUGGAUCGUCAGCUGCUGGCAAAAAGCAGUCUGGACAUCGCGCUGUUGCCAGAGACGCCGCAGGAUAGAGAAAUGGCGGCAUUGAUGAAACUUCAAACCAGAAGCGCCAUGGAACGCGAGUCGGAGCAGCGCCUCGAUCUGCUCAUGCGACCAGCUUUACCAGGCGCCACGAUAACCACAUUUGGCGGUCUGAAGCGGCAAAAGGCGCUCAGCACACAGCUGCAGCUGCAGGAUUUGGGCAUUAAGCGUAAGCCGGCGUUGGCAGAAACAGCAACGGCAGGAGAAGAAGCAGCUGGAGGAACAACACUAAGAGAAGCAUCAGCAGCAGCAUCAGAGGAUACAUCUGAAGCAAUAGCAGCCACAGGAGAAUGGGCAGCGGGAGCAGCAUCAGGUGGAGGAGCAGGAGCAGGAGCAGGUGAAGCUGCAGGCACAAUAGAAGUACACAGUACAGCAGCAACAUCGCCAGCUGCUGGGGCACUCAGCUUAUUGGGCGACUAUGCCAGCUCCAGUUCUGAGGAGAGCAACCCCGAUCCCAAUGAUUGACAAUAAUGCUUUCUAAUGCACACAAUAAAUGGAAUCGAUUUAAUCCGCAUAA